AUGGACCAGGUCCCAGGCACUCAGCAGGGUGGCCUCCCCCCAUUAGCCCUGUACCCGGAAUCAAGCGUCAAAGCCAGCCUGCCGCCCGCUGAGUGGGAUGCGUGUCUUGACUCAUGGCUGCUCAGUCUGGAAUUCCGUCUCCGACUGCCAGACAAAGAUUUCUCCAAAAUCGGUUUUGGCGAGGAUGCCAGCGGCGUGGUCUUUCUCGCGUCGUUCUUCAGGUCAGCUACUCGGGCAAUGGACACGACACAGCCGCCAAGCCUCCAGAAGGAAAGACUGUUGCUGAAACGCGCGUAUUUGCUCUGGAGAAGGCUCCUGCUGGUCACGGCUACGCCUUUCAACUACGACAAGGCGAAACUCGUAGAGCUGCUAUGUCAGGCGAGCAUGCUCUACGCAACCGUGUCGGACUGGAAGGUGACGCUGAAGACGACGUGGAAGAGGAAUCAAGCCCAAAUGACAAACGUAGUCGAGGGCUGGAAGAAGGCUGUCUCGGCGGAUCUUUCGGCGUCACCUAACUUGGGAGUGCUUGUGGGUCGACUGCGUGAAAUGAAUGCGUUUGUCAAGGUCUCAGCCGACGCAGGCCUCGUUCUUAUGACGGGCUCAGAUUACCUCGAGACGCUGAUGGAGGCCUACGGUCGAUUGCAGACAUUACCUGAUGCAGGCUUGCCCCAAAGAAUACUGACCGAGCACAUCUUCUACUGUCUGCGCAGCCUGAUGUCCGAUGGUUCUGCCCAUGGACCGCUACUGCUGGACCACCUUUAUUUCAUGAAAUCCGAGACGGACCGACUCACAAGGUCAAAAGUCAAUGGGCCGACUUUGUCCUCGAGCCUGGUUUGCAGUACAUCUUUCUUGAGACAUCUUGCAUCAGACCCUUUCGUGGCUGGUAGUAAGCGAGGUCAGGGGUUGUUGGAGUCACUCAACAUCUAUCGACAAAAUACCAGGCAUUUACACCCCCCAGUUGGGCCCAGAAGGCGCAAAGUGGCAAAAGGUAAAGGCAAGGCCGAUGCGAACGAAGAGAUGCACAUUCACAAGGCCUCGCAAAUAUCACAAGUCCAUGACCUCUUUCCAGACCUUUCAAAUCACUAUAUCCUCAAGCUCCUCGACCACUUCCAUGAUGACACCGACGCUGUGGUGGCGGCGCUAUUGGAGCCAGAUUCUCUUCCAGCUGGACUCCGUGAUCGGGAUGUCUUUGAAGGGCCUGACCUUGAGAUUGCUGGACCCGCGCACGAUCUUGCACCACAUUCCACACCGCCGCAACUUCCAGAGAGGAAGAACAUAUUUGCUGGAGACGAUCUAGACAGACUUCAGAUAUCUACAAGUCGGCUGCACAGAGGGCAGAAAGAUGUCAAAAUUGACCACGCCGAAACAGAACAUGAGCAUGCACAACGAAAGGCGGCAAUUCUGUCAGCAUUGGCAGCCUUUGACUUGGACGAUGAUGAGCGAGACGACACAUACGAUAUCGCCGAUGUGGGCGGAACAGUGGAUUCCACUCUGGACACUGACACCCGGCCGCAACCAGAAAGAGGACAAGAGCAAAAUCCCCACGAAGAGAAGUUGUUCCGAGCGUGGAAAGGCAACCAGGAGCUAUUUGCACGAGACAGCAACACCCGUAUAUCCAAGACACGACAAGAUCUCAAACGCGAGACCAACAUGAGUGAUGAACAGCUGGAAGGAUGGGCUAUUAUGCUGAAGAGGGACCCUAAACUGCAAGAUCGCCUAGAAAAGAAAUACUCGGGUACGCCAGGUUUCAGAGGAAAUCAAGUUGCACUUGCUUCGACGCGAUGGCAGGGCGACAAUACUCCUGAGGGCAGUGAGGGAGAGGCGGAGAGCGGAGGUCGACGAAUUCAGGCGCAACCCAGGGGAAACCGCACCUGGGGACGUGGUCGCGGUGGCAAUGGUGGUACUGCAGGUCCCAGCGGUGAUGCAGCGACUCAGGCUGCCAGGAAGCGAAAAGAACAAGACCUAGCUACGGCCAACGGCACCACAAAUGGAGCACACCAACAUUCUUACGACACCUCCAAUAUCCUGGAAGCCUUACAGGUCAUCCACAAUCCCACCACCAAGAAUGAGGUUAGGAGGCAAGCUUCAGAGUUCCUGGAGAAUCUGAAGUUGAGCAAUGAAGCGCUUCAGUAUGGGUGCGCCCUCGCAAGUGACAAAUCGCAGCCACCUCUGGUACAACAUUUCGGACUUUCGGUGCUCAGUCACAUCGUCCGGCAUGAGGUUCACCAUCUCUCAGAGCAGCAAAUGAAUCAACUUCGAGAAUGUAUCAACGAACUGGGCCGGUCGAUCCGGGACACGGAACUUGUCUUCAUCCGCAACAAGAUAGCUGAGCUAUGGAUCGAAUUGGCCAAGCGCUAUUGGGCUCUGGAUAUGUUCGGCUUGGACGAGCAGUUGGUGUACCUCUGGGAGCAGGAUCUUGUGCGCAAGGACUUUGUGCUCACAAUAUUGGAAAACUUGUCUGAAGACAUAUUUGUUCGGGACGAUAGUGUUGCCAUCAUGCGCGGGCGAGAGUUGAACUCUGCACUUGUCGAGAUCUUCACAUCCAGCUCAAACUUCGCAGGAGGCAUCAAAAUCGGCGAUACCACCCACCACAUGCGCUUUGGGGAGGAUGGAUGGCUCAGCAGGAUCACGAAAUUCCUUGAGGAAGCGAUACAGAGCCCCAGUGUAGAGGGACAGCUGAAGGAAGUCGUCCUGAAAGCUCUCGCCACUAUACGCUCCGCCUUCACCUGGGUCAUGACACCAGCUAUUGUUCAUUCAAUGGCUUUAGCAGUGACAUGUGGAUGCCUCACCCAGGCAGAUCCAGAUCUCAUCAUGGCUGCAAUGGACAGUCUACUGUCGCUGUACGGAAGAGUCCGACUAGAAGAGCUCGAGGUGCAAGCUCUCGUGCAUCCUCUCAUCCAGCCAGACAGUAUCGCCACAUUCAGACAACUAUACAGCUGGUCUAUUGUUUCGGUAGAUGAAAUGGACAGCAGCAAAUAUGUCAUUUCGAAAAAACUCUCAGAGUUGAUGUCGUUAUUUGCAGAUCACAUGUGCCAAUACAAACCCCCAGAACCCAGCACCCUCGACCUUUUUCCCUUUUUACGCUUCUUGACCAUGGUGGCAGAACACGAAAGCUUGAUAGUCUCGAUCCCAGUCGUUCACUCCUGGGUCAAGAUACUGGAGGUACAGAGCUGGCGAACAACUGCUGCUGUAUCUCAAUGUGUUGGCCCGCUUCUGGAGGUGGCCUCACAACGACUCAUGCAAUACGAUCAGCUCCCCGAUGAUACUCGGGAGCCCGUUGUGGUAUUCGUGAAUGAGGAGAUUGAGCUCUUCCCGGAACGCCAGGGAUUCUAUAUGAACUACCGCAGACUAUGCUCGGCUGUCAUUGAAUGGAUAUGUUUCGCACAAUUGGAAGAUGCGCUUCAAGCCGUGAUGAAUCGAGUUGACGCUCUCUUAAACGAGAUCGAAGCGGCGGAACAACACUUCGACAUCACGAGUUAUGAACGCGUCUCCAUGCAUCUCCUACGUGCUGAUGCCUACUUUGCCAUGGUUGAUGCUGCGUUCAAAGGGUUUGAUCGAUGGCAGGACGCACACCGAGAAGUUCCAAGCCCAGAAGAAGACCAACUGGUGCAAAGAAUGCGGGAAGAGACCAAAGCGUGGGUGCUGAACAUGAUGAAAAAUCGACACUUCAAAGACCCGCAAAUCAGACAACGCCAGAUCAAGACGGUAGUCGAAGUUUCCAACCGGGCUCUGAGAAAGGACACGGGAUUCGCCUUUAGCGUCCUGGAGCACAUAUUGUCGUCCUUUAUCAUCAUUCGACAACAAGAUUCCAGCUAUGCGGAUGCUGUCGAGGACUUGCACAGCUAUGCCACGAGCGAGUUAAGACGCCUGUCGUUGCAACAUGCAGACUAUUUUGUCACCUUCUAUGACCAGCUACAAGCGAAAUUCUCGGAUCUAAUAAAUCAGAUCAGUGCCAGCGAGCGACUGCAGGUUGAUCUGAAGUCUACGCUCUUCUCUGUCAUCCAACAUGCGACAGGGGUCGACUACACCCACCGUCAAGCUAAGCUCGAAGAGUUUCUUCAACCCAUUGCGGCAGCCUGGGCAGACCAAAAUUUCCAGUCCGCUCUGGGCAGUCUGGAGUCCUUUGCUCAUUUUCAAGGGUUUGAUCAGAUUGGACCGUAUCUGGCAUCUCUGGGAGCGGGCAAGAUUGAGGAUUGGUCUGCAGUUCCCUUCGACAAUCGUGGGGUGCAGAUACAGAACGAAAUGUCGUCUGCCUACGCCAGGUUACCUCUUCGAGCCACGCGGAUUUUCUUAAGCAUAUCAACCGAGAGACUGGAACAAGGUUCUCAGCUCCAUAGUAUGAUAUGCGACCUGUGGUCACCCAUGGUCCCAACGAUGCUGGAGUAUGUUCUCCGUCUUACGAGCUAUAAUCACCAAUUGCACAACCCCUCAUCAUGGCCGAAUGUACCUCCUGAACUCGAGGGCGUCAUUCGACGAGUUCUCCGAGACCGAUACUGGCAAUCGGGUAUCUCGUCCGGCUCCAUGGGUGAGUUUCACAGCAGGGUCAAGGCCUCCAGGUCCACGCUCGAGGGAUUUGCAUCGUCAGUACGAGGGAAAAUACGUGGAUAUCUCGAACAGUGCUACAGCAUCCUCCAUACACUGGGCAGGCUAGGCACGACCUUCUAUAGCAUGCAGCAACUCCCCGAGUUGAUCGCACAAGCCGCCAUUGAUUCAGCAGUCCCGCUAAGUCCACAUCAUUUCGCGGUCAUGCUUCAGAUGCUGCCCAAAUUGAUUGACGAAUGCCCGCCGGGAAGUCGGCAACAUUUCCUGACUCCAAUCAUAUCGUCUGUCCUUGUGCAGAUGGACAUCAAGCUAUCAACCGAGUGGGAGAAGAUGAACCAGCGCAAGCAGAAUAAGCACGAUGAGGAGAACCUCAGCGACGAGAUGAGAGAUGACUCGGUGCUGCGGCAGACUACCUAUCGGGCUGUCAAUCUGGUUGCACACUGGUUGCAGCCGAGGCGCGAGCAGGAGCUGAGCUCGAAGAAGUCGAUUGUCAAUCGCAACUAUCUGACGGACGGCACUCAACAAACAAUGCGGGAUUUCUUACUCUCGCACGUACAUCUCCUGGAGAAGCUGCUUGUCCUCAUUAACCAUGCGCUUGCGUUCAAGGAUAUGAAAUCGUCUUACCAGAUGCUCAUGACCGCGCACCGUCUUGUUCCAGAGUUUGCGUCCGACCGUUUUGUUAGUGGCGAGGAGGCUGCCGCCGUGCGCGAGUACAUCUCGACGGAUAUGCUCAAGACGGCAAUCACUUGCUUGAACGAUGGCUAUUUCGCCGAUCAGCAGGUCUACUACGCCCAGCUGAUCGCGACGAUCUGGCUGUCGUACGGUUUGCCGAAUCACGUCCCCGCCACAGAAACCACGCCCGCUCACGAACGUCCGUCGUUGACCCCGACGCCCCGGGACGUGAUCCUCAGCCUACCAGGCAUGACGGAGGCGAAGGUCAAUCACGCAUCUACAUUGCUUCUCAAGGAAGCAUCGCUGGGCAACCGGUCCAAGAGGCUCCGAGCCAUUAUACUCGCGCUGCUCGAAGGCGUCAGGGGGGUCCGGGUCAGCGAGCUCGGCAAGAUCGACACGAGACAGCAGCAGUCGAAGAUCCUGGAGAAGUACAAGCAACGAGAGAUGCUGAGCAUGCAGGGCGUGGAAGACGGGGGACGGAAGGUUGUUGGUGGUGGUGGCGGUGGUAUCGGGGACGACGGAGCUGAUUUGGCGGGAGUCGCGGAUAUGUUUGGAAGCUAG